GCCAAGACGUGCUGGGAGGUGCUGCAGGGGCGGCAGGCCGCUUGGCGACUCUUGACGUGGUUGCUGACGUGGAGCAUGGCGAGCGUUGAAUGCCGGCAGGCCGUGGCCGCAGACGCCACACUGCAGCAGCAGCAUCGGCGGGGCCGCAAUGCCACACUGCAGCAGCAGCAUCAGCGGGGCCGCAAUGCUGCCAGAGCCCGGUUGCUGCUGGGCGGAGCGUUGUUCACGGCGGGCGCGGCCUCCGGCGUCACAGCUGUGUUGAACCUGGCAGGUGGGCGGCGCCGCCAGCUCGGCCGCGUGCGUACCGGAGCGCUGCGGAGGCCGGCGCUGCCGCCAGCCUGGCGUGGCUGCGGGAGCAUGGUGUGUCCUGAGCGGGCCAAGACGACGUCGCGCUCCUGGCCCCCCCGCUGUGGGGUUGGGACCUGGCGACUCCCUAGUGGACUGCGGGCCGUGGGCUGCCGCAUGGGCUUGGGAGGAGCUCAAAGCGGCGGCUUCGCACCGCUGAUGGAUCAGGCGCGGAGAAAGCAGCAACAGGCGGAAGAAGAGGCGGAGGCGGAGGCGGAGGCGGAGGCGGAGGCGGAGGCGGAGGCGGAGGCGGAGGCGGAGGCGGAGGCGGAGGCGGAGGCGGAGGCGGAGGCGGAGGCGGAGGCGGAGGCGGAGGCGGAGGCGGAGGCGGAGGCGGCGCACGCGUAUAAGGCGAGCCGCUUGCGGCGGUGGAAGGAGCAGCGGCAGUGGAAGCCAUGACAGCGGCGGCAUUGAUGGGGCCGGCGGCCCUAAGGACCGGGCACUGGGAGCCCUGGGUGUGCUGAUAGAGGAUAGGUGCGGGUGCAGGCAAGGCGUCUGGCUGCGGCGCGCCGGCAGUGGCGACACCACGGAUGACCCUGCUUUGGCGCCGUCUGGCUGGUGCUGUGUCGAUCGCCGGCGUAGUCCGGCGUAAGCCCACUGGGGCAAUUAUCCUGGAAGCUUGGCUGGUCUAGAUUAAUGCCAUGCUCUGCCAAGCAACAUAGUAAAUGUUUCGUACACGGCUGCGGGGUGCGGCAUGUUUCGGCAUAACUGGCGGCGGCCGGGUUAGUGAGGUUACCGGGAUGCUGACCUGGAUCCCAUCGAUUCGACGAUU